CUGGGGUGGCAAGGGAUCAUUUUAGGGUGGCACUUGCCACCCCAUGCCAUCCUUCUAGAUCCGCCCCUGCCUCUGACCACCACCAGUAGGCAACAGGUGAAGUGUCUUGCCUGUGAUGCCUCAAAGGCAAUCACCAUGAGCAGGUGAGACAUCAGGGUCAACAUCUCACAGAAGGUGCAGUAAGGGCAGCUGGACUGUGGAUUUUGGGUGGUAAGCGACUAAUCAAUUCAGUCCUACACAAAUGCGUAAUCUGCCGGAAGCUGCGUGGGAGACCGGAAGAACAACGUAUGGCUGACUUAUCACCGGAACGUCUCAAGGUUUGCCCUCCCUUCACAUACGCUGGGCUUGACGUCUUUGGGCCUUGGUCUGUUGUAACCAGACGCACCAGAGGAGGACAGGCAGAGAGCAAACGGUGGGCCAUGAUGUUUAGUUGUUUGAGUUCAAGGGCCGUCCACAUUGAGCUGAUUGAGUCUAUGGACACAUCUAGCUGUAUAAACGCUCUCAGGCGGUUCUUCGCUCUCAGAGGCCCUGCAAAGGAACUCCAGUCGGAUUGUGGGACCAACUUCAUUGGAGCUAGCAAGGAGUUGGAGAUGGAUAAUACUGUACAGGGGUACCUCAGCAAGCAAGGAUGUAGCUGGAACUUCAGACCUCCACAUGCUUCCCACAUGGGAGGCUCAUGGGAACGGAUGAUUGGUGUUGCCAGGAGAAUCCUUGAUUCAAUGCUCUUGCAGCAAAAGAGUCGCCUAACCCAUGAAGUGCUGUCAACACUAAUGGCAGAAAUUACAGCUAUCAUCAAUGCACGUCCACUCCUACCUGUGUCUACAGACCCACACCAACCUUUCAUUCUUUCAUCGGCCAUGCUCCUCACACAGAAAUCAGGAGUUCCACCUCCUCCAGGAGAUUUCACAGAUAAGGACCUCUUCACAAAACAAUGGAGGCAGGUUCAAGCGCUCGCCAACCAGUUUUGGGCCCGUUGGAGCAAAGAAUACUUACCAUCCUUACAACAAAGACAAAAAUGGACAGUGACAAGCAGAAACCUUCAAGUUGGGGAUCUGGUCCUCCUCAGAGACAAGCAGACAAUCCGCAACUACUGGCCCAUGGCCAUAGUCACAGCAACCUUUCCUGGGAAGGAUGGACAUGUGAGAAAGGUUGAGGUAAAAACCGCCGACCAAGGUGACACAAGAACCUUCCUAAGGCCAGUUGCAGAAGUAGUUCUUCUUCUGCCUAAGGACUGAUUUAAGGACUGUUGUUUGGACUCAUUCAGGUUCAUAGUGGCCUCACAUAGGCCAGGCGGGGAGUGUGAUGCCUCAAAGGCAUUUAUGCCAUUUAUCUUUAAUGUUUGCUUUAAAAUAAUUCAUUUGUAUGUAUUUAAGUUAAAAAGAACAGUAAAAAGAGUUAAAAAUAUUAAGAAGAUUUAAUUUUGAAGGUGAACUUGCUAAUAACCUCACUUCCUGGUGGGUUACAGUUCAUUUCCUGUUUACCUCCUCUUCCUGGUUGCUCUAAGAGGGAGAGUGACAUGCGGUCAUGCUCUGAGGCUUAUCCACAGCCAUCCACUUGGGAACAUUGUUCAGGCAACGCCUUUUCACCGCUUGUCAAAUGAAGAUUCUGAGUAAAAAGUCAACUCUACUCGGACUCCUGUAUUCAUUGACAGAGGUUUA